AUGUCGAAAGCCUUGAAAUAUAACAUAGCGAAGAAAUUAAGUCAGCUAAUCAAGGUUAUUCAGAUAUUCGAUGACCAGAUAGCAGAUAUGAAUUAUCAAAAGCAAUUUCUACAAGACAGAUCAAAUUCAAAAUUUCAUGAUCUGAGUAGCGCAUACGAUGUUUACAUAUCUGAGGAACAGAAACGCUUAGAUGCAGUACUUAAUGCAAAACUAUCAACAAUAAAUCAAGAUUAUAAGACAAAAACAGAAGAUAUGGCUAUUUCAGAUAAAAACUUUACUAAUCAAAGGAUAGAAAAGAUUAAAACUAACGAAGAAACCUUUACAGCUGAUUUGAAUGAAAUUAUAUCUGAAAUAGGAAAAGUAAAUUUUCAAAUCGAAAAAAAUAAGAAUACCAUGAUAGAAAAUAUUGAGUCAUUUCGAGCUAAACUAGCCAAAGAUGUAGAAAAUGCAAAUAAUGUGUACUUAAACGAAGUCGAAAACGUUGAAAUAAUUUCGAAGAACAAUUUAGAGAAACUACAAGCAGAAUCUUCCAAGAAAUUACAAGAAAUAGUUGACCAAUAUCAAAGAGAUAUUGCUGACGUUAAAUCUACUCCAAAAAUUACAGAUGCUGCAGCAAAAACUCGAGAAGCUGCUUUAAAGAUGAAAGAUCGUUCAUCUCAAAUAAAAAAGUCAAUUGAUGAAGCAAAACAUCAAUGUGAAUCACUUGUUCAAUCCAAAACCGAAAAUAAAAACAAAUUUCAAAUAAAAUUAAAUCAAACGAAAAAUGAGUUGAAAGAUAUCAUUGCAAACAAAGAGAAAUCAAUAACAGAUAAGAUACAAAGGAAUGCAAAGCUCGAAACUGAUUAUUCAUCCAAAAAACAAAACAAAGAAAAUGAAUUAAAACAAAUGAAAAUUUCCGAUGCAAACAACAUCAAAAAUGCAAAGUCAAACUAUGAGAAAGAGAAAGAAUCAAUGAAAACUGCUUUAUCAGAGAAAAACAAAGAUAUCAAACUUCAAUUUUCAAAUCUCGAUGCAUACAUCCAAAAAUUAAUCAAAGAUCGUGAAGCAGAGCUCCAAAGUAUCAGACAGAAACAUUCACAAUAUGUAAAUUCUUCAACAGAAAAAUUAAAUUCAAUUCAUCAGGAAAUUAUCAAAAUUUCGAAUGAAAGAAAUAUACAAGUUGAAAAUUUGAACAACCAAUUAAAGGAUUUGAAGAAGGAAGGAGAGAAUAAAAUCAAUUUAGAAAAUCAAAAUCAAAAUAAAGCGAUUUCUGAUGAAGAAAAGCGUUAUAAUGCUGCCAAAAACGACUUAAACAAUAAAAGUAACUCAUUACUUCAGAAUUCAAAUGACGAAACAAGUAAACUUCAGCUUCAAUUGAAAAAUUCAAUUGAAAACAUAUCACAGAAGAGGAAUGAGUUCGAAAAGAAGAUCAAGGCAUAUGAGGAUAAGACAGAUUCACUUGUAAAAGACUUAGAAAAUAAGUUAAAUUCGCAAUUUGAAUCUCAAAACAAUGAAUAUAAAAAUUCUAUUGAAAAAGAUAAGAAAUCGCAUGAUUUAUCGGUUUCUAAACUAAGAAAGAACCAUAAAAAGACUGUAAAUUCAACAAAUGAGAAAAUUAAAACUGAAUACGACGAAACAAUGUCAAAAAUCAAUAAAGAAGCAAUGCUCAACACAGAACUUGCAGAUUAUAACCAAAAGAUGUUGAAAGAAUUCCGUUCUGAAGAGGAAAAACUUAAUUCUUUUGGAAAUCUUGAAGUAAAUUCAGAAGAAUUUGCUCAACUUGACGAAGAAAUACGAAGAAUAGAGAAUAAAAUCCAAACAGAAAACGAUAACUGGGCAAAAGAGAAAGAAAAACUCUUAAAUGAAUAUCGAGCAAAUUUUGAAGCAGAAAACAAGCGUCAUUCAGAAGUUCCGACAGAAGAUCCCGAAAAAGAUGCUAAAGCUAUGGCAUUAACUGACCUACAAAAGGCAAUUUUCGUCGAAAGAAGAGAUUUGGAUUAUGAAUCUAAGGAAUUGAAUAGAAUGAUGGAAUUAUCUAAGAAUAAAUUCGAUAGCACAAUGAAAACUCUUGAUAAAAAACUUGCAGAACUUAAUGUUACUGAUAAUAUCAAAAAUCUUCAAUCUCAAAUUGACCAAAACAAGCUAAAAAUACAAGAAAUGAUGAGCGAAUUUGAUAAAUCACAGCAACAAUACAAUGAAAACCAACUAAAAGAGAUUUCCAGAUUAAAUUCAAUUCAUCAAAACGAAAUUGCUGAAUUAGAUGCAAAUAACAAGAAUGAAAUAGCUAAAAUUGAUGAAGAAAUAAAGAAAUCUCAAUUAGAACUCAAUGAAAUUAAGAAACAAUAUCAAGAUCAAUUAUCUUCAUUGAAACUCAAAACAGAUUCACAAAAUAAGGAAGAAAAUGAUAAAUUCAAUAAUUCUUCUGUUAUUUUAACCAAAGAAAUCGAAAAAUCUAAAAAUGAAUUAGAAUCAGACAAAAAUUCGCAUGAAACUAAAUACAAAGAAGCAGAAACAAUAAACAAUGCCUCACUAGAAGAAUGCGAAAAGAAGAGGUCAAGUGAAUUCGAGAAAAACAAAAAAGAUUGGUCUUCAAUGGAAGAUUUUUACAAUGAAAAGAUCAGUGUCUUAACAAGGAGAAGAAACAAAGCAAGACAAACUUUUGAGAAAUGUCCACCGCGUCAACAAGAAAUAGACUUAGUAGAACAGCUGCAAGGUAAGUUGCAAUUGAUUACAAGUCAGUUACAGACUUCAAUGAAAGAACUUGGAGAAUACAGAGUUAUUCUCGUGAGUAAAGAGAAAGAAUAUAACAAAAGAUUCGGAAAAAGUCCGAAAGUUGGUAUUCUUCCUGUUACAAGUUCACCAAGAAAGAAUUAG